AUGACAAAAGCCACCGAAACAUUUACAUUUCUUGGAGUUUCAUGUAUAAUUUACUUUGUUUUACUGCUUGGCGUGAUACCGACGCCGACUAUCAUUAAAGAGGAGAUUUUGACUGUGUUUCCAUGGUGGGUGUUAGUCUCAUUUGGUGCAUACUCGUUGGGAAAUAUUGGAUAUCAUGUAUACAAGUUUCGGGAUUGUGAAGAGGCUUAUCAUGAAUUAAUGGAGGAAAUAAAUCAGGCAAAAGAUGAUUUACGAACAAAAGGGGUGACAGUUGAUUGA